UGGCUUCUAUAUGUUGCCCUUAAGUUCUAACGGCGUUCUUGGACCUGGACCGGCCUCGACGGUCUCUGUGAGUGAUGGAGACCGUCACCACAGCGUCGUUUCUUUCAUCUAAAAGAUUUCUCCAUUUCCAUGUUUGCAUGGCCUCUUCUGUUUUCUGCUGGUUUGCGUAAAAGAAGGCCUCGCCUUCAUUGCCUGGAAAAUGUCUGGCUAUCCCCGUUGAUGUCUGAGACACUCAUGUCAUUCCAUACUGUAGUAAAUACUUGUCAUGUGCGAGUGGUGCGAGACAGGCAGAGAAACCUGAAGCCUUGUAAGCAUCGUGUCUUAGCCUCGCUACCGGGCUGGUCUUGGUCCGAGUCUGCGGCAAGGAAGAUAAAGAUUUCCCCAUCGGACUGCCAGUCUUGGUCCGAGAAGAUGGACGUCUCGCCAUAUCCGCUAUUAUGGGUUUUAGGGAAUUGCCGGGUCCUGCCGCCUUUCGAAUGCGUCCAAGUUUUCUACCGCCCAUUCAACUACUAUUGGUCAACACUCUUGAACGUACGGAGUUGCAUUGAAGCGCUCCAGUUGGUCGCCUCUCCUUUCUCGCUCUCUGCCACGCGCCAAGCGACAUUCCGAUUACGUUCACUUGCUCCAUAUCCACGGUGUAUGCUUACAUUAUGCUCAAGCCUCACUCUCGCUGCGAGCGACCACUUAUGCAAGUGGCCUCCCGAUCUUCGUCUGUCAAUCGUUCUGUGGCUUUAGAGCGCACUUUGGCAGCUUGACAUGACCUUGCGUCAGAAGCUAAUCUC